AUGAGGCCGCGCUCGGGCGGGCGCCCAGGGGCCCCGGGCCGCCGCCGCCGCCGCCUCCGCCGCCGCCCCCGCUGCCCCCGCGGCCGCCGCCUGCCGCCGCCGCCGCCGCUGCCGCUGCUGCUCGGGCUGUUGCUGGCGGCCGCGGGGCCCGGCGCGGCGCGGGCCAAGGAGACGGCGUUCGUGGAGGUGGUGCUGUUCGAGUCGAGCCCGAGCGGCGACUACACCACCUACACCACCGGCCUCACGGGCCGCUUCUCGCGGGCCGGGGCCACGCUCAGCGCGGAGGGCGAGAUUGUGCAGAUGCACCCACUGGGCCUGUGUAAUAACAAUGAUGAAGAGGACUUGUAUGAAUAUGGCUGGGUAGGAGUGGUGAAGCUGGAACAACCAGAACUGGACCCGAAACCAUGCCUCACUGUCCUCGGCAAGGCCAAGCGAGCCGUGCAGCGGGGAGCCACCGCAGUCAUCUUCGAUGUGUCUGAAAACCCAGAAGCUAUCGACCAGCUAAACCAGGGGUCAGAAGACCCACUCAAGAGGCCAGUGGUGUACGUGAAGGGCGCAGACGCCAUCAAGCUGAUGAACAUUGUCAACAAGCAGAAAGUGGCUCGAGCAAGGAUCCAGCACCGCCCUCCUCGACAACCCACGGAAUACUUUGAUAUGGGGAUCUUCCUGGCCUUCUUUGUCGUGGUCUCCUUGGUCUGCCUCAUCCUCCUUGUCAAAAUCAAGCUGAAGCAGCGACGCAGUCAGAAUUCCAUGAACAGACUGGCCGUGCAGGCCCUGGAGAAGAUGGAAACCAGGAAGUUCAACUCCAAGAGCAAGGGGCGCCGGGAGGGGAGCUGCGGGGCCCUGGACACGCUCAGCAGCAGCUCCACGUCCGACUGUGCCAUCUGCCUGGAGAAGUACAUCGAUGGAGAGGAGCUGCGGGUCAUCCCCUGUACUCACCGCUUUCACAGGAAGUGCGUGGACCCGUGGCUGCUGCAGCACCACACCUGCCCCCACUGUCGACACAACAUCAUAGAACAAAAGGGAAACCCGAGCGCCGUGUGCUUGGAGACCGGCAGUCUGGCGCGCGGCCGGCAGCAGAGGGUGAUCUUGCCGGUGCACUACCCCGGCCGCGUACACAGGGCCAGCGCCAUCCCCGCCUACCCCACGAGGACGAGCAUGGACGCCCACGGGAACCCUGUCACGCUGCUGACCGUGGACCGGCGCGGGGAGCAGGGCCUCUUCCCGCCGCAGACCCCCGCCUACAUCCGCGGCUACCCGCCCCUCCAUCUGGACCACAGCCUGGCCCCUCACCGCUGCGGCCUGGAGCACCGGCCUUACUCGCCGGCCCCCCCCUUCCGCAGGCCCAAGUUCGGCGGCCGCAGCUUCUCCAAGGCAGCUUGCUUCUCCCAGUACGAGACCAUGUACCAGCACUACUACUUCCGGGGCCUCAGCUACCCCGAGCAGGAGGGGCAGCCCCCUCCCGGCCUCACCCCUGGGGGGCCGGCUUGGGCCUUCCCCCCGGGCGGCGGCGGCGGCGGCAGCAGCGGCCUGCUCUUCGCCCCCGCGGUGCACGCGGCCCCGGCCUCGCACCUGGAGAGCGGCAGCGCGUCCAGCUUCAGCUGCUACCACGGCCACCGCUCGGUGUGCAGCGGCUACCUGGCCGACGGCCCGGGCAGCGACAGCAGCAGCAGCAGCGGCAGCUCGGGCCAGUGCCGCUGCUCCUCCAGCGACUCGGUGGUGGACUGCACGGAGGUCAGCAACCAGGGCGUGUACGGGAGCUGCUCCACCUUCCGCAGCUCUCUCAGCAGCGACUACGACCCCUUCGUCUACCGCAGCCGCAGCCCCUGUCGCGCCGGAGACAUGGGGGGCUCAGGCCGGGGGCCCGUGGUGCGCCUGGAGGGCUCCCCGCCCCCCGAGGAGGUCCUGGCUGCGGCCCGAGGCCCAGGUGCGGGGCGGGGAGAGCCCUGGCCCGGGCCCGCCUCUCCCUCGGGGGACCAGCUGUCCACCUGCAGCCUGGAGAUGAACUACAGCAGUAGCUCCUCCCUGGAGCCCCGGGGGCCCAACAGCUCUACCUCAGAAGGGGGGCUCGAGGCCUCUCCCGGGGCCGCCCCGGACCUCAGGAGGACCUGGAAGGGGGCCCGGGAGGGGCCGAUGUGUGCCUGCUGCUGUGAGCCCCAGACCCCCGCCCCAGACCCCGGAGUGGGAGCGGCUGGGGGCGGCAUCUUGUUCCUGGGCCCCCCGCCCUGUGAGGGCUGCGGCCCCCAGGGUGGGGAGUCACAGCCGGGGAGCUCCCAGGGCCCCUAUGGCCUUCACCCGGACCACUUGCCCAGGACAGAUGGGGUGAAGUAUGAGGGCCUGCCCUGCUGCUUCUAUGAAGAGAAGCAGGUGGCCCAUGGCGGGGGCGGGGGCGGGGGUGGCGGCCGCUACACCGAGGACUGCUCGGUACGUGUGCAGUACACGCUGGCCCAGGAGCUCCCGCCCAGCUGCCACCCCGGGCCCCGGGACCUGAGCCAGCGCAUCCCCAUCAUUCCGGAGGAUGUGGACUGUGACUUGGGCUUGCCCUCUGAAUGCCAAGGGACCCGGGGCCUCAGCCCCUGGGGUGGGACACUGCCAGGUCCGGAUGCCCUGUGGCCCCACAGAGGCUUGGGAGCAGCCCAGCAAGAAGAGCGGGUUCCGUGCUGCCCGGCCAGGGCACCGCUGUCACUUCCCUGCCCUCCAGAGGAUGUGGGGGCCCCUGGGGCCAGCUUCCCCAGUGCCCCCCAGGACACUCAGGACUCCAGUGCCACAGCCACUGAGGCUGCAGGACCAAGAUCUCGCCUGGCCGACAGUGGAGGCCCUGGAGCCUGAGCUCAGAUGGAACUCUUCCGUGGAAAUGGGAACUGUAUGGAGAUUCCAAACUCUGACUUCCUACAGAAAAAAAAAGAAAAAAAAAAGAUUUUUUUAGCUUUGACAAACACAAAAGUGGUAAUAAAGAGAGCCCUCCUCAACCCAAAAUGUGAGCCACGUGUGGCAACCCCUCCUCCCAAUUAACAAACCAACAGACAAAAUUCUCUUAGUCUUUUGCCUCUUGAUAACAUGUUACUCUUCUGUUUUGUAAAGUGUGUGUGCUUGGGGUUCGAGGUGUGUGGGAUUGACUUAUCUGCUUUGUUUUUUAAGAUAUUAUAUGUAAAUGUAAAAAGUUAUUUAAAUAUAUAUUUUAAAGAACCCUAACCGCCAACUUUUGCUGAAAAAAAAAAUCACUGCUGCAGUAAUUGAACCACAUCAUGUGUAGAUACUGUUGUCUCCCUGGAGGGAGCUCAGGCCUUUGAAAAGCUCAGGGCUACACCUGCCUUAGAAAAUGAACCAGAAACUUGAAGUAAAGCUAGUUGAUAUGGGUACAAACUCUGAGGAACAAUGCAAUGCUGCCUCUUACUUUCUCGUGGCAAAUCCCAACAUACAAAAUGUCAGGCCUUCUCGGAAGCCAUGCCUCUCCAGCCUGCACCUUCAGGCAGCUGAUGGAAACAGCUUGGGGUCGGGUGGAAGGUCUGCAGCACUGCGGAGCCGGGACAAGCCAUUGCUACGUAAGCCCCAGGGUGACAGGGACGAUUCUGCGUAGUGUCCUCAGUCUGUCCCCUCUGGUCAUCGUCCUAACUAGGACAGAGUUUACAGUCCUGAUUUUGGGCUUCCUGCCACUGGCUGCAGAGAUGGCUCGACGGGGUGUGUGGGGAGAGACACCCAGGAGGAAUGUACGUGGUUUUGCAGCCUUGGUGUCUACCCCAGCUGUGGGAGAGGUGGGAUGGAGGGCGCCCCGGAGCGGACCUGUGCGCAUGCGUCCGUGUGUGCCCGGCCACACACACCCCGGCUGCUUCCGGCGUUGGGCUGCCUUCCUGGGUGCGCGUCGCCGGGACCCGAUAGGGUCUGAGCUCCCUUUGAAUGACAACGUUUCCCAUCCCAUUGCUUCAGGGUUGUUCAGCCCUCUGCCUCGUGGCUGAAAUUGGUCAUCUCGCCUGUAAAUGUCUACUAUCCUUUCUACCUAAUGCACUAUUCUGUAUUGAUUCUCCAUGAGACAGAGUGAAAGAGACUAUCAGAUAGUUUAGACCCAAAGGGUAGGUUUUUAUAUAUUGUUCCAACCUUUUGUUGUUUGUUGUUGCUGUUGUUGUUUUAAGAGGGAAGAAGAGUUUAAAAACCCAAACCAUUUUUUAAAAGUUUCCAUUUUAAAAGGGAGAAUCUAUUUAAAGCUAUUUCAGAUCAGGGAUCGUUAUCCUUUUUGUCCAAUGUAUUUCUUGUUAUUAAAAAAUGUUUUAGAAGAAACUAAUCACAUUAGCUCUUGUGUUCGCUAACUCUUCUGGUCACUUCUGUUUAUUCAUUUAUUCAGCAGGUGUUUGUUGUCAUCUGAAAUGCUCAUUUGCUGAAUAGGAACCUUGAGUCCUGGCCCCCUGUAGGUGGGGAAGCAGAGACCCACCCUGGGCUGCCAGGGGACUGUGACGGCUCUUCUCCAGUCAGGCCCAGGGAAGGUCAGCCCAGGGUCCACAUCACAACGUUUUGAAUGAGAAUCUUACUGAAUCCCUUUUUCUUAAAAACCCCAGCCUGUGAUGAGGAAAUUUACUUACUUCCAGCCAGGAUUUGUCAGAAAGAAAUUCCAGCAUCAAACGAUUGAGCCGUUUGCCAUUAAGGAGCUCACUGUGGUGAGAUUUGUCAUCCAGCCUCUGAGGUGCAGUCCCUUGGGGGCUGCCCCCACCCCCACCCCCAGCACCGCCUGUGCCCAGCACACCUGUUGGCGAGGGUGUGCGAAAUGCCUGAGCCCCAUGACACGUGAUCUGGGCCGCCUUUAUUCCUCGGGCCAGGAGUAGCAGCUGCUGAGGACAGCAGCUUGCAUCUUGUGAUUUUAGGGAAGGGGUGGGGGGUAUGGCUUCUAACAUGCACUACAAAAAGCAGCUUCUCAUUGUUGAGAUUUUGUUUGUUCGUUUGUGGCUUUGUGUUUGUUUGUUUGUUUGUUUUUAAUGCCUUUGAGUGCAUAUUAUCUUCCUUGUCUGAAAUCAUACCCCCAAAGUGGCUUUCUUUAGCCCUGGCUGGAAAACCACUCCUCAGCAGCCUUAAGAAAUAAAUAGAUGAGGAGAGCAUGUGGCUUCAACUGGGCUUAUUAAAAUAAAUGAGUCCAAUUUUCAUUUGAAAGAGCAGUAACUACAGAUGGCCAAAAAAACCACAUUUAAUUUUCAUAGUUUAUAGGGUGGUAGAAACAGAAAAGUGAAACUUUCAGGCUUUAAACCUCAGCCGUUGUCUUAAAUUUGUGUUGGGUCACCAGAGUAUGGUGACCAACUAUAUCGCCUCACCAUUCAAAUCAAAGGAAAUGUCUUCUUUGAAGUCGUAAGACUCCAAUAAUGAUGACAAGUACCUUUUCUUGGUGGCCUCUCAGUGGCAUGUGGGAGUUACAUAGCUAUGGAAACUGGGAGCAUCACAUCUUCCAUUGAGAGAGACACACACACGCACGCACACACACACACACACACACACACAAACACACACGCGCGCAGGAAUGUGACUGUUGGGUGUGGUCCCGUGGCUCAGCCUUGGGUGUAGGACAGCCAUGUAGACUGAAGAGUGCUAGAACCAGUUAAAAAUGGGGGGUUGGGAGUUCUGGUCCACCAGGUACCUCUUUGUAGUAGACACAGCCCCAGGAUGCUGGCCUUAACUCUCCGUCUCUUUGCCUCUCCCUAACCCUAACCCUAACCCUAACCCACGCCGUUUUAUGACACGUCCACCACUCUGCUGUCCACCACUCACACCCUCCCUUAUGUGCUGCUAGUUCCUACUCAAAGUUCAUGCAGGACUAAUGCUUUUAAAAUGAGGUCUAAAAAAUAAUUACUAAUCAAGAGUAUUAUUUUUUAAACAGAACUGCCUUUUUCUAUUCUUUAUAUAAACUCUAUUGUGUUGGUCUAACAAGGCACUAUUUUAAAAUGUUUUUUUAAAAAUUUCUCCCAUAGCACUUAAAAGAUAUUUUGUAAAGACUUUGCUGUAAAGAUUUUGUAAUAAAGUGGUCUAAGGGCUCCUUCUCCAACAUUACCAUUAAAAAAAAAAUGUUUUAAAGGCUAGAAAACAACUUAUGUAUAUUCUGUAUAUGUAUAGCAGCACAUUUCAUUUAUGGAAAUAUGUUCUCAGAAUAUUUAUUUACUAAUAUAUUUAUCUUAAGCCAUGUCUUAUGUUGAGAGUGUGACGUUGGAAUAAUCAUUGAAAAUGACUAACAUGAGGCCCUGUAAAUACAUGAUAAUUGCACACAGAUUUUACAUAUUUGCCGACCAAAAAUGAUUUAAAACAAGUUGUAGUCUUCUAUGGUUUUGUAACAAAUUGUACAAAUGACUGUAAAAAAAAAUACAAUUUUAUCAAGUACGUUA